CUGAGCCGCGCGCUGUCAGUCGGUGUGUGUUGGAGUCCGCGCGGUCGCGGGAGCAAUCCAGGCGGCUUAGGCUGGUCGGCCCGGUCUGGCUCCGCGGUCCGGAGGGCACCAUGGAUGACAAGGAGUUAAUUGAAUACUUUAAGUCUCAAAUGAAAGAAGAUCCUGACAUGGCCUCAGCAGUGGCUGCCAUCCGGACUUUGCUGGAGUACUUGAAGAGAGAUAAAGGGGAGACAAUCCAGGGUCUGAGAGCAAAUUUCACCAGGGCCAUAAAAACCCUGUGUGGCGUGGACUCCUCCGUGGCCGUGUCCUCAGGCGGCGAGCUCUUCCUGCGCUUCAUCAGCCUUACCUCCCUGGAAUACUCUGAUUACUCCAAAUGUAAAGAGAUCAUGAUUGAGCGAGGAGAGCUUUUUCUCAGGAGAAUAUCACUGUCGAGAAACAAAAUUGCGGAUCUGUGCCAUACUUUCAUCAAAGAUGGGGCGAGAAUAUUAACUCACGCCUACUCCAGAGUGGUCCUGAGAGUCUUGGAAGCAGCUGUGAGGGCCAAGAAGCGUUUCAGUGUGUACAUUACUGAGUCGCAGCCGGAUUUAUCAGGUAAGAAAAUGGCCAAAGCCCUCUGCCACCUCAACGUCCCUGUCACUGUGGUCCUGGAUGCCGCUGUGGGCUACAUCAUGGAGAAAGUGGAUCUCGUCAUAGUUGGUGCUGAAGGAGUUGUUGAAAACGGAGGGAUUAUUAACAAGAUCGGAACCAACCAGAUGGCCGUGUGCGCCAAAGCACAGAACAAGCCUUUUUAUGUGGUUGCAGAAAGUUUCAAGUUUGUACGACUCUUCCCACUAAACCAGCAAGAUGUCCCAGAUGAGUUUAAGUAUAAGCCAGAUACUCUGAAGUCUGCGCAGACGGGACAAGACCUCAAAGAGGAGCACCCAUGGGUGGACUACACCUCCCCCUCCUUGAUAACUCUGCUGUUUACAGACCUGGGGGUGCUGACGCCCUCAGCAGUCAGCGACGAGCUCAUCAAGCUGUAUCUAUAACCACUGGAUCUUUCCUUGCCAGCGUACAGCUGCUAGAGGUGGGGCAGGGCGAGUACCCACUUGACCCCUCCAUGAGCCACGCCAAAACUGAACUGUUUUCUUAAUGAAGAUCUAUGGACUAAGGAUUUAAAAUCAGAAGUCUUGGAGAAUCUUUUUUUAUUCAUUUCAGUCCUACCUAAAAUAUGUUCACAGUUCCCCUAAAACCCAACGUAAAUAGUGCUUAUAGUUUCUAGACACCUUUCAUCUUGUUUCCAGAAACAAGUCAGAUCAUUGGCUACUUGACUAACGAUAGAAGACGUGCCCAAGUCCCCGUCCCUUCAUCUUCUCUGCACUCCAGCCUCAUUUGCCAAAAGCAUCAGUUAGAGAGAUGCACGUCUAAAAAGCAGGUGUUCCUGACUGCAGCCAGGCGCCGCUUCAGUGACUAACAGCUGCUCAGGACACGUGUUGCAUAUGGUGCCUCAUAGGAAGGCAGGAAACCCUUGCUGAAUUCACAUCAGGCUUCCAGUGGGGAACGUGAGCUGCCUCCCCUCGACAGGAUCAAGCCAAAUGGAGUGCAAACUACCAAGAGAACUCAAAGAAGACAGAAACAGCAGUUAGCAGGAGUAUCCUGCGUGGCUCACCACUAACGAAGAUGCCUUCCAGAACAUUUGUAAACUUACAUUCUGUAUCUGUGAAAGAUGGGAAUUUAAACAUGUUUGGGUCCCGAACAGCUUUUUACAGUUGUACUUGGGAACAAAUUCAGCAUCUUUUCAAAUAAAUUAUAUGCAAUAUUUUGA